AUGGAGGUUCGCGCGCGCGCCGGCAAGAAUGUCGGCAAGAUGAACUUUGGCUAUGGAGAGCUGACACAGCUUCUCUACGGCAGCGGCGACGCCCGCGAACCCCUGCCCGAGUCGAUGCGCGUGCUCGACGAGAUCGCGACCGAGUUCAUCCAGGGCCUGUCCUUCGAGGCCGCCCGCGCCGCCCACUACGCCGGCCGGCAAAAGAUCAAGUACGAGGACUUUGAGUUUGCCAUGCGCCGCAACCCACUGUUCCUCGGCAAGGUCCGUGAGAUGUUCGAGAGCUCCAAGGAGAUCAAGGACGCCCGAAAGCUGCCGGGUCUGGCCGAGGGUGGCGCCGGGGGCGCCAAGGGCGAGUUUGAGGGGUUUGAGAAGCUCGCGGAGGGCGAAGCCGGCGACGGCGGCCCCAAUGGAGAUGCGCAGUCGGAGGGCCAGAAGAGCGGGCGGGGCCGCAAGAAGAAGGACCGGCAGGCGGCAGCGGCCGAGGAGGAGCUUCACGAAGGGGAUGACGAUGAGGAGGCAGAGAUGGAUACCAUGGGACGGAAGAGAUGA